CUCAUCACCAUUAUUGCUUCGAAAUUAAAGCAUCAGAACAGAUCUAAUAGUUUGGUAGUUAUACGAACCAGCUACAGACUUAAAGAGAGAGAGAGAGAGAGAGAGCUUCUCCACCGCACACACACUUAAGGAACAAUAUGAGUAAUCAUCAAACUGUGUUGAAGCAACUGGAGCCAUGGUGUGAGCUUAAAGACAAAGUGGUUCUUGUGACAGGAGCUUCUUCUGGUAUAGGAAGAGAGAUCUGUCUUGAUCUCGGCAAAGCUGGCUGUAAGGUUAUCGCAGCAGCUCGUCGCGUCGAUCGUCUCAAAUCCCUCUGCUCUGAAAUCAACAGCUUCAGUUCAACCGGAAUCCAAUUAGCUGCACCGCUCGAGCUAGACGUUUCAUCAGACGCAGCCACCAUUCAAAAAGCGGUCAAGGAAGCUUGGCAAGUCUUUGGAAAGAUCGAUGCGUUGAUCAACAAUGCUGGAUUUAGAGGAAAUGUCAAGUCGAGUCUGGAAUUGUCUGAAGAAGAGUGGAACAAAGUCUUCAGGACCAACUUAACCGGACCUUGGUUAGUAUCCAAAUACGUCUGCCUUCUAAUGAAGGACGCUAACAUCGGUGGCUCGGUGAUAAACAUCUCAUCGAUCUCCGGGCUCCAUCGAGGUAAAAAGCCCGGUGGAGUCGCGUAUGCUUGUUCCAAAGGUGGUGUUGACACCAUGACGAGGAUGAUGGCUAUUGAGCUAGGUGUUUACAAGAUCAGAGUCAACUCGAUCGCACCGGGGCUUUUUAGGUCAGAGAUCACGCAAGGUCUUCUGGAGAAAGAGUGGCUCAAGAAGGUGACUGACCGGACUGUCCCGUUGACGGUGGAACAGACCGUGGAUCCGGGACUUAGCUCUCUCGUUCGUUAUCUCAUUCAUGACUCUUCUCAAUACGUCUCCGGGAAUACGUACAUUGUUGAUUCCGGAGCUACGUUGCCUGGUGUGCCUAUUUUUUCUUCGCUUUGAACCUCCAAUCUUGUGUACUGCGCAGUAAUAAAUGAAUACAAUUACACAUUCUCUU